GACGAGGACGAAGAAGACGACGUUAAAGAGGAAGAGGAAGAGGAGGAGAAGGUGGAGGAGGAGGAGGAGACAGUGUUGAAAGCAACGUGACACGUUAGUAGUAGUAGUGGUGGUGGUGGUGGUAGUGGUUGAUGGUGGUGGUGGUACCGUUGGUGGUAACGUUACUACCAGUAGAGGGGGUCUCUCUCGAGAAGGGUGUUGGAGAAGAGGAGAAGGAGGGACCCUCGAAAGUGUCUCGUCGUCUCUCUCUCCUAUCGUCCCCGUCGUUCAGGGUAUCGUUUACGAAUGUCGCGCGAUCGAGCGUUCCGCCGGCGAUCUACGAGGAAACUGCUGCUGCUGCUGCUGCUGCUACUUCUGGUGCUUUUGCUGCUGCUGCUGCUGGUGGUGCUGCUGCUGCUGUUGCUGGACGAACGUUUAUUAUCGUCCUCGCGUUUACUCGUGACAAAAUCAACUAAUACGUUGUUACCUAUAAAUAUUUUCUUUUGUUUUUUGUUUAAUAUUAACGAGGGUGUUGAGAGGAAUUAAGGAUAGGAAGGAAGAUUAUAAAUACGCGCGUGACAUGUUAAAAGAAGAACAACUCAUCAUUGUGUACGGUGAUCAUAUGGUAGUAAUGAUAACUACUUUGGACCUGAGAUUAGUGAUUGAGUAAUACAGGAAGAACAACCCCUUUCUCUUUACCCCAUUUCCCUUUCCUUUCUUUAUUUCUUUCUUUCUUUCUUUCUUUGACGAUAAACUUGAUAAAAGUAUUAUAAAAUAAGGUGUCCACGCGAUAUAAUAAUGUCCGGCGAGACGGAAAUCGAAGUGUCCGUUGUUUCCGAGGAGGAUUUAGAACUGGAAGGUUCGCGAAGUAGUUCGACACCUGCCGAUUUGUUGAUACAAGAAAAAAAUGGAAAGGGUAGUUGCGGAUUGGCACUUGGUAAUCAUCAUCGUCCGUUUAGUUUCGACGUUGGUAAGCCAGCCCUAAGGCCGGUUGGUAAUCCCCAAUACACGUCGUUCAGUAUUCAAAGUAUACUUGGUAGAUCUGUAUCACCAAGAAGCGAUUCAACGUCAAAUGUUUCAUCUACUGAAAGACGUUCGACCGAUGUCGAGGUUGCAUCCUCGCCCGUAUCACCGCCCAGUUCUAGGACGAACAAUCAAAGGAUUCAUCCGUCUUGUGCUAGCCCACCUAGAAUAAAUUCACCUACUACAUUAAGACAAGUUGUCGGUCAUCAUCAACGUGCAUCAGCUAGCAAUCAAAUUAUCGAAAACAAUUCGAGAAAUGAUGCAGCUAGUAUAGGGGUUGGUUGUACAAGCCCACCAAGUCCUACCGUCGCAACAUCAUAUUCACCAACUACCAAUGAUGCAACGACUAAUUCCAAUAUGGCUCAUCAAACAGUCGAUUUUGCAACCGUUGUUGAACAUGGACAAAUGCUUCAUAGAUUGGGAUUGAUGUCAACCCUGAUAACCGGCCGAUAUCCAGUUUUCUUCCCGCCAGCUUUGCAACAUCUUCAUCAACAUCAACAACAACAGCAACAUCAACAACAGCAACAACAACAACAAGUACAACAACAACAACAGCAACAUCAUUCACGUUUGGCUACGGUAUCGUCGGCAUUGACCAAUGCUGUUCAAGUUGCUGGACAAACGGCUGACAUUAAUGACGUAACAGCUGAAGCAAGUAUCAGAGGUGUACUUCCUGGUGGACCAACAGCAUGGCCAUUUCCAUGGAGGCCUGCUGCUCACGGAUUGCAAACACUCGAACAUCCGUCAGCAGGCGAUGUUGUUGGUGCACUCAGUCGUGUCAGUCCAGCUUCCGCGUCAUUUCCUCAAAAGGACGAGCUGGAGGACGAGAACGUCGAGGACCGGCUACACCGUACGAGAAGUUCAUCGAGCGGGGACGAGGCACACGACGAGUUGGCCGACGGGGACGAUUGCCAAGAUGGCGACGGCGACGUAGACUCGACGAACGCAGGAUUGCACGGAGGAGGUGGCGGCGUGGGCGGUGGUGGCAACGGUGUACAAGUGGGCCUAGACUCGCGGGAUUCCGGUAGCAUUAAACGCAAGAAGAAGACGCGUACGGUGUUCUCGCGAUCUCAGGUUUUUCAAUUGGAAUCAACGUUCGACAUGAAACGUUAUCUAUCCUCGUCGGAACGGGCAGGUUUAGCGGCGUCCUUGAGAUUAACGGAGACUCAGGUGAAAAUCUGGUUCCAGAAUCGUCGUAACAAGUGGAAAAGACAAUUGGCGGCCGAAUUGGAGGCAGCCAACAUGGCGCAUGCUGCACAGAGAUUGGUCAGGGUACCGAUAUUGUAUCACGAAGCAUCAGCCGGUAGCGCAACAUCGGGAGGAGUAUCGGUAUCGGUUGCGGCACCACCACAACCACCUACGGCACCGUCCUCGGCCGUUUCCUCGGUGCUCUCCCAUUCCGUCGGUGUUGGCGUUGGAGUUGGGGUUGGAGUUGGAGUUGGUACAUCGUGUGCCCAAGUAGUCGGUCAAACGGCCCAACCGAUCUUUUAUUCUCAUCACCAUCAACACCAUCAUCAUCAUCCGACUCACGUGCAGCCCCAUACCCUUUUGCCCCACCAAGUGCACCCUCAACCACCACCGCCACCCCCACCACCACCCAACGGCCAACCAACCCAAUCCACCUCGCAAUAACACCGUCCGCUAUUCUGCCCGAUUGCGAUCGUCUUCGACCGGCAGCAACAACAACAACAACCUAAAGGAAUCACCUUGAGAAACGACCACGACCACGACCACGACCACGACCACGACCACGACCACGAUGACAGUCGCCACCACCACCACCACCAUAACCUAAGGAAAGAUAAUCAAGAGGAACGGGUGGAAAUAAUGGACGUGGACAAACAGGAGGAGGAAGAGAAGGAGGUGGAGGAAGAGGAGGACGUUCUCUCGGUGUCAAUCGACGAUGCUCGUCCCUCCGACGUUGAUCUCGACGUCGGAUGAUGAGCCUGAUAAUGAUGAUGAUCAUUAUGCAUCAUAAAAGAAUGUACUUUAUUCCCCCCGUCUCUCUCUCUCUCUCUCUCUCAUUCUUUCUCAAUCUUCCUAUCUAUUUCUUUCUUUAUAUUUAUUCUACUUUUUGUUUAUUUUUUAGGUUAGUUUAAUUUUAUUUGCUUCGCGGGCUCGGGACUUUUCGUGCAAACGUCGAAAAACGAAGAAUUGUCUUCUAUUUCGAUGUCCUUGAGAGAAAUAGAUAAAAGUGAGAAAGAGAGAGUUGAAAAGAAAGAGACAGAGAUGAAAAAUAGAAAGAGAGACCGAUAUAACUCAUGCAAAGUUCGUAUAAGUGCGCUGCUACACUAGGGUGCGUGUAUAUGUGYGUGUGUGUGAGUGUAUGUGUAUGUAUAUAUAGAUUUUUUUGAAAAAAAAAUUACGUCCUGGACGCGUAAUCUCAGGACUGUGUUUCUCUCUUUCUGUUUUUUGGGGGUUAUAGACCUUAGCUACGUCCUAAGACACGGCCAGGGUUCCUACGAAUAUAUUCUACCUGUUGUGAUAAGUAUCCAAACGAUUGAUUUUAUUAAAUGAACGGUAGAGUUAUGGAAAAAAAAAAAAACAACA